AUGAAAGUCAGUAUUAUCAGCUGUUACUCACCACAUUGUACAGCUGAUGAAAGCGAAAUGGCUGCGUUUUACAAGCAUUUGGAGGAAGGAAUCUAUAGAGGUAAGUUAUACAAAUUUCUUGUUAAGGACUUCAGCUCCAGAUUAGGAACGGUCGUAAUUGCAAAUGUACACGCUAUCGAAUUGUUCUUCGAUGGCUAUGGGAGGUAUUACAUGGAGCCCAAUGAAGCGGUUGUUAGGCACUAUCGAGAUAUUCAUUCUGGUAACUGGGAGAAGCUUUGGCUGCCGUAUUUUGAGGAGUUUGGAGAGUUUUCAAUGACUGACUAUCCAGCAAAACACAUGAAGACGUUAACAGAAAAUGUACAACGUCGUUUGCACUAUGUGUAUGGUGGAAUGCAUCAGUAA